AUAUUUUCUGGCUUGAAAUUUUGCUUCUGUUUGUGUUUGUGUGUGCGAUUGGUGGUGGAUAUGGAUUCCAAGGAUGCUAAUGGUUGCAUCAUCGAUAAACACAAACCUGUGGUGGUUUCUUCUUUGCGGAGUGAAAAGGUUGAAGAUCAUGUCAACGGAGAUGAUGAUAGCGAUUCCAAUUCUUUGUUGCCUCCUCGGAGAGGCGGCAUGUCCAGAAACUGUGACAAGACUCGCCGGAAAGUGCAAUGGAAUGAUAGGAAUGGAAACAAACUUGCUGAGGUGUUGGAAUAUGAGCCUAGUGAUGUCAGUGAUUCAGAAGAUGAGGAUUCAGAUUCUUGCAUCUGUACAAUAAUGUAGAAACCAUCUUGAUAAUUGUCUCGAACUCUGCUGGAUCAGGGGGCAUUACUAUGGCUUGCCAGCCCUGACUUUGAACAAAACUUGACAACUCAGCAGGUUUGAUCUGUGUUUUGAGGUGGGAUCAACAGUCCAAUAAACCUAGACAAGCAGCUUCUCAUGUCUACCUAGUGUAUCCAUUUCACCUUCACUGGGUUUUGAGAUGAUUUCAUAUACGGACUUUGGGGUGAGUUCUCGGAUGUAGAUCAAGUACACAUGAUAGAAAUGUGAGUGGUGAUACCUCUGCACUAAAUUUCUUUUACCACCGUUUUCUAGUUGAAGAGGAGGCACCUUUAUUUAAUAUUUCCUUUUGUUUUUUUGUUCCCCAAUGUAUGGAACAAUUUUUCAUGAUUUGGGUAUUCAUUCUCAAACAAUUAUGCUGAAACAGUCCUUGUGUACUGCUUGCCCUUUGCUGUCGAAAAAUUAGAAUAAGCAUUUAUAUUCAGUUCUAUUUAUGUGAAUCUACACUUACAUGUGUUUGACUUGACAAUAACUCUUAUAGAAGUUGAGUUUUAUCAA